GUAUUCUCCCAGAGAUUCGUUCAUGCCCACCAUCAAUGUCGUGUAUUUUUCGUUCACUUCCUCUGAAAACGGGCCGUGCAGACCCUGGAGCCACCUACCUUACAGGGGAUGACCUAACCGUGCCAUCAUAGCAAUGCCUGACCCUGAAUGAACCUGCCCGAGAACUUCCAGGUUCCUGACGGCUACACAGCACCCAACAACAUCCCCAUCGCCAGACCGACAUUGAAUUUAGCCGUCCUUUCAGUUUCUCAGCCGCCAUGUCACCGGGAGAAACAGCGGCGCCGGUUCCCGAGAAGGAAGCCGCAACUCCAACGGCAGCAGCACCACCACCACCACCGGCAGGAGCUCUGGCACCGGCAGCGGCAGAGCCGAGUUACGAGACAAAAGCGCAGGUUCAAGAUGUCUUGACAUCGGAGAUUGGCAUCGUGGUGAUGCUCAACCGAUUAAAGCAGAGCAUUGCCUCCGCGAAGGAGUUUGCCCAGUUUCUCAGAAAGCGUUCUAUAUUAGAGGAUGAGCACGCGAACUCGCUCAAGAAGCUCUGCAGGCUGUCGCAGGAGAAUAUGCAGCGCGGCGAGCACCGAACCGGUACCUUUGCCGCCGCAUACGACGAGAUGAUGGUCGUGCACGAACGCAUGGCCGACAAUGGGAUACAGUUUGCGAUCUCGCUGCAGCAGAUGUCCGAAGACCUGACAGAGCUGGCCGCCAUGGCCGAGAAAUCAAGAAAGGGCUGGAAGCAGAGUGGGCUGGCCGCCGAACACCGCGUGGCCGAACUGGAGGCAGCGAUGCGCAAGUCAAAGUCCAAGUACGAUGCGUUAGCUGAGGAGUACGAUCGCGCUCGAACAGGCGACACGAGCGGCCGCCAGGGCGGGAAAAUGUUUGGAUUCAAGGGCCAUAAGACGGGCGCUCAGCACGAGGAGGACCUGCUCAGGAAGGCUCAGGUGGCAGACCAGGAUUAUCAGGGAAAGGUACAGGUUGCAGCAACCGAGCGGAGUGAGCUCGAGACCAGGAUCAGACCCGAGACUGUACAAGCACUGCAAGACCUUGUCAGGGAAUGCGACUCGGCGUUGGCAUUACAGAUGCAGAAGUUUGCUUCCUUCAACGAGAAGCUCGUUCUCAGCAACGGCCUGUGUAUCAGCCCCCUGAAGAACGGUGCCGAAUCGAGGAGUUUGCGAGAGUGCGUCCUCGGCAUUGACAACGACAAGGAUCUCAACGACUACUUGAGCAGCCAGCAUUCCAAGCUGCCCCCAAGAACGGCGCUACCCAAGUAUGAGCGCAAUCCAGUAUUUGACACAUCAAAUCGUGGGACAGCCAACGCUCCUCAGGGCGCUUCCCAGCCACCAGGCCCAAACCCCGUCCCACCACCGCAGACUGGAAUGUUUCAUGCAAACGCCAGGUCUAGCACCUUUUCCGAUCUUCCCAUGUCCCCACCGAACCAGGGAACGCUGGGGCAUAACUAUAACCAGAGCACGAGCUCGAUCCCCAUCCUCGGCGGUCCUCCCCGGCCAUCCUCUCAACCGCAGCAUGAGAGGAGCCUCAGUCACAGCAGCGCGAUGAACCAGCCUCAUAAUGACGCCACCGGACAGCAGUACCGAGGCGCCGCUCAACAACCAUCCCAAGUUUCCAACACGAGGUUUAAUGGGUCAUACACCUUUGGGAAUCCUCAAGGACCGCCGCAAUUAGGCGCACUACCUUUCCAGUCCAGCAGCCAACCCCAGCAGCCUCAGCAAGUACCCUAUACACAACCACCCCCACAGCAAGGAGGUCCCAUGACGAACCCGCUCCUGCAACAUCCGCCAUCGCAGGCUCGCAGGCAGUCACCGCCAGCGGCGCCACAAAUGGCCCCGCCCCGCCCGGUCUUCGGUAUCAGUCUGUCUAGGUUGUACGAGCGGGACGGCUUGGCGGUUCCAAUGGUUGUUUACCAGUGUAUCCAAGCUGUGGACCUAUUUGGCCUGAAUGUCGAGGGCAUCUAUCGGCUUUCUGGCUCUGUGCCGCAUGUCAACAAGCUCAAGAAUCUGUUUGACACAGAUUCGAGUUCCAGCAACCUUGACUUCCGAAACCCCGAGAAUUUCUUCCACGACGUCAAUAGUGUUGCCGGUCUGUUGAAGCAGUUUUUCCGGGAUUUGCCGGACCCUCUCCUGACCAAGGAGAACUACCUUGCCUUCAUUGAGGCAGCGAAAAACGAAGAUGACACAGUCCGCCGCGACUCCCUGCACGCCAUCAUCAAUGGCCUGCCGGAUCCCAACUACGCAACCCUGCGCGCGCUCACUCUGCACCUGCACCGGGUCAUAGAGAACUCGUCAACCAACAGGAUGAGCUCCCAAAACCUGGCAAUCGUGUUCGGCCCGACGCUCAUGGGCACGGCGCCCGGCUCCAACAUCUCGGAUGCCGGCUGGCAGGUCCGCGUGGUCGACACCAUUCUGCAGAAUACUUACCAGAUCUUUGACGAAGAUGACUAGCAUUUGGCCUAGGUCCACC